AUGGACGAGGCUGUUGAGCUUCCACUUGCGAAGCGACAGCGGAGAGACCAGGAUGGCACCGGAAAGAGGCCAGCGAUCAGCUCAAGGCUGUUCGCUCCAUUCAGAACCUUGGGACUAGUUUCGCCCACCAACGUGCCUUUUACUUCGGUUCCUCUGGGUAAGACGACCUUCCAGAUCACCACCUCGACUGGGACCUCGCUGCAAACAUACGACCUGCGCCGAGGGCUAAACCUCGUCUUUCUCACCCGGCCGCAAUGUCCCGGCACUAUCACUGCGACUUUCGCCUACCGGGACCGAAUCUUCGUCGCCUGGGGAGGCUCGCAGCCGAAAGAGCCCCGAGGACUGUGGGUUUUCAAGAGAGGGCAGCUGCUUGCAGAACUGGACAUCGAGCAUACCCACCCGCAGGAGAUACGCCAACUGAUCGUCUUCGGGUCCUGGAUUGUCGGAUGCGGGACAGAAUCCAUUGAAGUGUGGAAAACCGAGUCGUUCGAGCAUUACACUUCGAUCAGUACUGGGUCGCGAGGAUCCUUGACCGGCCAAGUCUGUACUCUGCCAACAUUUCUGAACAAGAUUUUUGUCGGGACAAAACAUGGUUCGGUUGAAGUCUACAACGUCAGUACAGGAAGAUUGGUACACACGAUUCUCCCGCUAUCUGCACGAUCCGGAGCUGUCACUGCCCUUGCUCCCGCUCCGGCGAUUGGAUUACUGGCCGCAUCCUACGCCGAUGGCUCUCUCAAUAUCAUUGACGUCGAAGCCGACGAGGUAGUUCUGGAAUUGCGCCACAGUAACAACCGGAAGCCAAUAACCUCCAUCACGUUCCGAACAGACGGUAUGGGUGCUGGGGAGGAUGGCCGGAAAGCGGGAAUCAUGGCCACCUCCAGCAUCGAAAGCGGCGACAUCACGCUUUGGGAUCUCAAUCGUGGCGGUAAAGUGGUUGGGGUCGUCCGCGGAGCCCACGAGACCUCCAGCUUGGGCCAAGGCACGGGCGUGAGCAAAAUUGAAUUUCUCCCCGGGCAACCCGUCCUGGUUUCAUCAGGGUUGGACAACGCCCUCAAAUCAUGGGUAUUCGACGAGACGCCCUUCUCACCGACUCCGCGUCUUCUCCACCACAGAAGCGGACACGCCGCUUCCAUCACAAGACUCAAAUUCCUCCCCGCAGCAUCAGACGGCUCGGAUGCAACGGGCAAGUGGCUCUUGUCUGCAUCCCAGGACCGCAGUCUCUGGGGCUUCUCGCUUCGCCGAGACGGCCAAAGUACAGAACUCAGUCAAGGCUCCAUCAGGCACAAGGCGAAAAAAUCAGGUCUCCUCACGGACGACACGUCCGCGGUAGAAGACUUGAAAGCACCACCCAUCAUCGACUUGGCCUGCUCACUCAAUCGAGACGGUGGGAUGGGUUCGGUCACGGGCCGAGUCUGGUCCAACUCGAAGAACGUCAGCGCCGAAGAAUCCGGAAUGACCGGUUGGGAAAGCGUCAUUACAGCCCAUUCCGACGACAAGGUCGCGAGGACGUGGUCCUGGGGACGCAAAAAAGCAGGCAGAUGGGCCUUUGAAACGGGCGAUCACAAACCAGUUACCAGCGUCGCCAUAACCGCAUGCGGGACCUUUGCCGUCGUCGGCUCCGCGGGUGGCAGUCUGGAUAUGUUCAAUUUACAGUCUGGCGCGCAUCGACAACGGUACCCCCCGCGCCUCACGCCCGCCCAAGCCAAGCAGCUCAAGCAGCAACAACAGCAGCAACAACAACAACAACCACAACAAGCAGAUCCAGAGCAUCUAACCGCUAUACCUCGUGGCCACCGAGCCGCCGUUACCGGCAUCGUGGUCGACAAUCUGAACCGUACCAUGGUGACUGCCAGUCUGGAUGGGACAAUCAUCUUCUGGGACUUUUCCACUGGGAAGAUCCUCGAACGAAAAAGUUUUGGCGAUGCCGCCCCGACCGCGACACGAUAUAAUCCCGUGUCUGGACUCCUAGCGAUAUCAUGCGACGACCUGUGCAUUCGCGUCAUGGACAUCGAAGCGCGCAAGGUCGUCCGCGAGCUGUGGGGCUGUACCGGUCAAAUCUACGAUUAUUGCUUCUCGCACGAUGGGCGCUGGGUCGUCGCGGGCUCGAUGGACUCUGUCGUGCGCGUGUUCGAUCUUGCGACGGGCCAUCUGAUCGACGCGUUCAAGACAGCCGCGACGUGCACAAACAUGGCGUUUUCCAGCACGGGCGAAUUCCUCGCCACGACCCACGCGGGGAGUUCAGGGAUCUUCAUCUGGACGAACAAGGCUCUGUUUACGCACGUGCCGACCCGACAGAUCGACGACGUCAAGGGCAUCAUCGACCUCAGCCAGACGCCUGCCGCAUUCAACGCGGCGAGUCAACUUCAGGCCAUUGACGAACCCGGGGUGGCUGCGGAAGAGGCAGAACAAGCCCUAGUCGACGGCAUCGAUCUCUCCUCGGAACUCGAUCAAUUGGACAAAUCCCUCCUCACACUCUCCCUCCAGCCUCAAUCCCGGUGGCAGACGCUUCUGAACCUCGACCGCAUCCGCGCAAGGAACAAACCCAUCCAACCUCCCGAAAAGCCCAAAGCCGCGCCAUUCUUCCUGGGCACGUCCGCAAGCCUCGUCAACGGCGGUAAUGGCACGCCCAAUAUCAAUGGACCUGAUCCGGCUCCCAAGGCCGUCGAUGAAGCCGAGCGCUCUCGGGUUUCCCGCAUGGCCGUAUCGACCCUCCCUUCUUCUGGUAGCGAUCUCUCCCCUCUCCUUGAAAAGUUCUCCCAAGAUGCUGAACGCGACCCCGCCGCCCUUGCGACAUACCUCUCCGCCCUACCACCCUCGGCGGCAGACCUUGAAAUCCGCUCGAUCGCCCUCUCCGAGAUGCCUGCGUUCAUAAGCUUCCUUACUACCCAGCUCCGCGCACGAAAAUCUUUUGAGCUAGUGAAUACCUGGAUGAAUGUGUUUCUGCGCGUGCAUGGCGAUUUCGUGUCUGAAGCGGACGAGCUGAGACGCGCAGUCAUGACCUGGCGGGACGUCAUGCUGGAAGAGGAGAGACGAUUGGCCGAGUUAGUAGGGUAUAGCCGGGGUGUAGUUGAGUUUCUGAGGAGCGCGAGAUAA